AUGACUCAAGCUUCGAAUGAAACAAAAACUAUUUUGAUUAUUGGUGGUGGACUAGGUGGUUUGGCUCUUGGUCAACUAUUAUUGCAAGAUUCGCCUCCAUCUCUGAAAGUAAUUGUCUUCGAACGUGAUGCCGAAAAAGAUGCUCGUGAUCAAGGCUAUUAUAUUACAACUAAUUCAAUGGGUAUUGAUGCACUCAAACGUAUUUCAGUUCUUAAUGAUGUUCUUUCGGAUUCGACAACAAUGUCCUACAGUCAAUGUCAACUAAAAUUCGCAGAUAAAAAAUUAAAUACAACAUUGACAAUGAUUGCAGGAGAAUUGAAAAUUAUUGAACGAGCUGUUCUACGGCGAAAUCUUCUAAAAAAUAUCGAUGUUCAUUGGAAUAAACGAUUUAUCUCUUACAAUAUUGUUGAUCAUGGAAUUGAAGCACAUUUCGAUGAUGGAUCAUCGGUCAAAGGUACAUUACUUGUCGGCUGUGAUGGAUCGAAAUCAGUUGUUCGAGCUCAACUUGUGCCAAAUCUAUGUCGACAAGAUACAGGUGUCGUUUUAGUAGCUGGUACUCUUGAGCCAAAUGAACAAUUAGGUCAAAUUCAACAAUUAAUAGAGAAUAGUCUUGUACAAGUACUUGGAGAUCAGACAACAGAACAUACAAUGAAAUCGAGUCUUUCUCCAGAAGAAUUACUUGAUAAAGUUCGUACGAAUUUCAAUAAUGAAGAAAUUGUUCGUUUAAUAGAAUUGUCUUUAUCAUCGGCGAGUCUCAUACCUUUACGUUUGUAUUCGUCUCCACUUUUAAAAGUGAAUCCAUUUCCAAAUAAUCUUCGAGUGACACUGAUUGGUGAUGCUGCACAUCUUAUGACUAUUCAACGUGGUAUGGGUGCAAAUACGACUUUUGCUGAUGCACUCGAUCUUGCUGAUGUUAUACGUCAUGGUUCGACUCAAAAUUUACUCAGUGAUUACGAAGAAAAAAUGUUUAAACGUGGCUUUCAAGCCGUUCAAGAUUCUUUCAAUAGUACUCGUAUGAUGCGUCUAUCAGGUAUUCAUGUGGAGUGUUGGUGUGAUAUAAGAGUGUCAGUAGAUCGAGAACAAGGAGGAUACAAUGUAAGUGUUACCGAUCAUGUUUGGCUUCGCUCAUCUUAUACAAGUUUGUAUGCCGAUGAACGAUGGUAUUCAUCUAAUGAUGGUUCACUUCCGCUCAUCGAUACACGUCUCGAUCAUGGCUAUGAUGAGAAUUUAGGUGAAUGGAAUGAGACUCAAUUGAUCUAUAGUCUUACUCGCAAUGGGAUACAGACUAAUGUAACUGGUCGAGCACGUCAAUGGAGUUCAAUUUCAGCGAUUACUUUUCAUUUGGACAUUGGCAAUGAGUCUUUGACGAGCAGUGAUUCUUUGAGCAUGGACGAAGUUCGAACGGUAUUUCCUUCGUUCAAUAUUGAACGGAUAGAUAUGAAUGGUCAACGAGGCUAUUUCACAUAUGCAGAUUUUAUGAUGGGCGACAUGGGUAAACAUGCAGGUAUCUGGAAUUCUUCUAGUAAAAUCAUCCAAUCAGGUAUCAAAGCAGGUCCUAUUGUUCUUUUCAAUUUGACUGAACGAGCACAGGGUGAUGUUCUCAUUCUCUCACCUUUUUCUCGCUUUAUGGCCACUUCACUAAGUCAACGAGCGAAUGUCUUAGAAUUUGGUGUGAUGGGCUCCAUGUCGGUAGUACCUUCUAAUUAUAAUCAUUCUAUGAUUGUCUUCUAUUCAUCUCAUGGUGUCAACGAAGCAAUGCGUGAAUGGGGUCAGUCGAUGCGACGAGCAUUCAAUCGAACCAUGGAACAUCGGCUUAAUGAUAUAACCAUCAAUUAUCUGGGCUACUAUACAGACAAUGGUGGUUACUAUUACUAUCAUACGGAGACUGAAAUGAAUUAUGAAGAGACAAUAAUAUCGAUUUCCCAAAAAAUCUCAUUACCAUUUCGUUAUAUUCAAAUUGACUCAUGGUGGUAUUAUAAGGGCAUCGGUGGUGGUGUUUCUGAGUGGUCAUCUCGUCCAGAUAUCUUUCCUGAUGGUCUUCCAGCAGUCCAUCGCCAAAUGAAAUAUAUUCCUUUAGCAGCACAUAAUCGUUACUGGGCAGCAGAUACGAUCUAUUCGAAAAAUUACGCUUUUGUAAUUGAUCAUGUUAAUGGAAAGGCUCUACCGAUUAGUAACGAUUCAUUUUGGAUUGAUCUGUUCGAUGAAGCAUCUCAGAAUUGGGGUUUAAUUCUAUACGAACAAGAUUGGUUGAAUGUACAAACAAUUGAUUUCAUACCGACACGUACUGAUAUUCAUCUCGGACAACGAUGGUUAACAUCGAUGGGUAAAGCAGCUGAACAAAUAGGAUUGAAUAUUCAAUAUUGCAUGAGCUUACCUCGACAUGCUCUACAGGCUCUUGAAAUUCCACGCGUGACACAAGCACGUGUAUCGAAUGAUUAUGUUGUUCAUCUUCGUCAACAAGACUCUCAAUGGACAAUUGGAGUGUCGAGCAUGUUGGCCGAUGCAAUUGGUCUAGCUCCAUAUAAAGAUGUUUUUUGGUCGAAUUCAAUUGAACCCGGAGCUCCGUACAAAGAACCGGUUAUGGAACCAGUUCCUGAUCGAGAAAUACUCAUUGCUACUCUCUCGACAGGACCGGUCGCUUCGGGGGAUGCAAUCAAUUAUACAGACGUCAAACGAAUAAUGCGAUGCUGUAAUGAAGAUGGAACCAUUUUGAAACCUGAUCGACCAAUAACUAUGAUCGAUGCACUCGUUGCAGACUGGGCCCAAAACAACGGAGUCUCCCAAGGAGAACUCUAUUCGACUCUAUCAAUGUUAAAUAAUCAAACUUUUCAUAUUAUCUUUGCCUCAGCCAUGCGACGUGAUUAUUCAGUAUUGCCUUCGAUGAUCGGAGCACAAGCAGGACUAAUUUGGUUCUAUGACGAUCCGUCUACAUUAACAACGUUUGAUGAAACCUAUCCUCUUGCUAUAUCAGCAAACAAAUGUAAUGAUUCAUCAUUCUGUCUCUGGUAUUUGUCACCUGUAUGGAGUUUUGCCGAUCCGAAUAAUACACAAUAUGCACUUCUGGGUGAAUUGAAUAAAUGGACAGCUGUUAGUCGACAACGAUUUUCUUCGUUAACGACCAAUCCAGAAAGAACGACAACGACAAUCACUCUUCUAGGAGGAACUAUCGAGACAGUGACAUUACUUGUCUAUCACUCGAAAUUAGGCGUCAUUCGUUUGAAUUGUUCUCUGUCGUGCGCUGAAGGAGAACUGAUAAUCACUCCAUCCGCUGUCACUUGUUCUUCAUAA